CACCUUUCAAUCACAUUUGUUGAUGUCAGAGAUCAGCAUCAUGUCGGAAGCUACAAGUUGGUGACAUUCAGUAGAUUUUUGAUCAUCGGUGUAAUAUCGACACAAGAAGUACAAUAUUACAACUAAAGCUACGUGCUGCAUUGCUUUCGUUUGGAGUAUCGAUGAAGUGGUUUAAGCAUGGGGGGACCCCUGGAGCUGUUGUAUCAACCUUGAGCUAACGCAGCUCAAACAGAGAACUGUGUCCCUCCUGCUGGUAGAUCGGAUUGGAUUGGUUGCAUUUAAUACUUUGAGGCCUUGGUUACAGACAUGCACCUGUCAUCCCGCCAGGACUAUGUAUCUAUAAGCUUUGCUGGACAAGGAAGUGGAAGUUACAACAACAGCAAGCAGUGGAGGAGGCAGUCCUGCUGGAGGAAAUGGAAGCAGCUGUCCAGGCUUCAGCGGAGCCUCAUCCUUUUCAUCCUUGUCCUCCUGUUCAUUUGUGGAAUAGCCUCUUAUCCUUCUGUCACAGAACACCUCAGAGGCCUUACAGGUGGAAAACAAGACACAGCCAGUGACAGCAUUCUGGGGCCCUUCGUCCCUUUUGUGCUGCCUGAGCCGGCCAAACAGGGUCCACCACCACUGCCAGAACUAACCUCCCAGAGGAAAUUAUCCAAUAAAAGAGGACCACCUGUCCUUCAGAAUCGUCUUCAGAAAAAAGGAAAUGCUUCAGAGACAGUGGUUGAAGACAGGGCAGCUGACAGCAAGAAGGAAGGUGAAGAAAAGGGAGUCAUCAGCUGGCGUGGGGCUGUGAUUGAUACUGAUGAAGCCACGGAAGGCACCAAGAAUGGGGAAAAUAAAGAGGAUGCACCUGCCAACCGGGAAGUCAAAACCUCCAAAGAUUUAGAAUCUAGCUGGCUGGAGGCAGUGCAAGAAGCUUUCAGACAUGCUUGGAAGGGCUAUAAAGAGUUUGCUUGGGGCCAUGAUGAGCUCAGACCCAUCUCCAAGUCUUACAGCGAGUGGUUUGGUCUGGGGUUAACGCUUAUUGAUGCCCUGGAUACCAUGUGGAUCCUUGACCUGAAAGAAGAAUUUGAGGAAGCGAAGUCAUGGGUGGCCACAGAGCUCACAUUCAACAAAAAUGUUGAUGUCAAUCUGUUUGAAAGCACCAUUCGCAUCUUGGGAGGCCUGCUGAGUACUUACCAUCUGACUGGAGACACCCUGUUCUUAGACAAAGCUAAAGACAUUGGCUCCAGGCUAAUGCCUGCCUUCAACACUCCGUCCAAGAUCCCCUACUCUGAUGUGAACAUUGGGAAGGGCAUAGCCCACCCACCUCGCUGGACCUCAGACAGCACUGUAGCCGAAGUUACAAGCAUCCAGCUGGAGUUUAGGGAGCUAAGUCGCCUCACCCAGGAACCACAGUACCAGGCUGCAGUGGCUGAAGUUAUGAAGCAGGUCCACAAACUGGAUGGCAAGUUGGAUGGUCUUGUGCCAAUGUUCAUCAACACAAACAAUGGGCAGUUCACCCAUCAAGGCAUCUACACACUGGGAGCCAGAGCAGAUAGCUAUUAUGAAUAUCUGCUGAAGCAGUGGAUUCAGGGAGGCAAAAAGGAGAACCAACUCUUGGAGGACUAUCUGCAGGCAAUAGAGGGUGUAAAGAAGAACCUGUUGCAGAAGUCUUCACCAAAUGGCCUUACCUUUGUUGGAGAGCUCUCACAUGGACAGUUCAGCCCGAAAAUGGACCAUCUAGUUUGUUUCCUGCCAGGUACUCUGGCCCUUGGUGCUCACAACGGCUUGCCUGCUGACCACAUGGAUCUAGCCAAAGAAUUGAUGGAGACUUGUUACCAGAUGUACAUCCAGAUGGAGACCGGCCUCAGUCCAGAGAUAGUCCACUUUAACAUGCAUCAAGGCAGCACACGAGACAUUGAUGUAAAGCUUGCAGACCGACACAACCUCCUGCGACCGGAGACAGUGGAGAGCCUCUUUUACCUGCACAGGUUGACAAAGGAUCACAAAUACCAGGACUGGGGCUGGGAGAUUCUCCAAAACUUUGAGAAGUACACCAAGGUUUCCUCUGGCGGCUACACCUCCAUUAACAAUGUGCGGGACCCAGAGUACCCAAGCCCAAGAGACAAGAUGGAGAGUUUCUUUCUGGGGGAGACCCUGAAAUACUUUUACUUGCUCUUCUCCAACAACACCAACCUCAUUAGCUUAGACCAGUAUGUCUUCAACACUGAAGCUCAUCCCCUGCCAAUAUGGCCUUCCACUGCGUGACACACAGACAGGCAAACACUACAACACAACAAAUCUCUCAGGGUUGGUCUAACACCCAGAUCAUUUCUUUGUCUUCGGUGUCAGUGAUGGAAUGUUGUCAGAAAAGUGCCACUGAACACAGACCACAGAUGGAAAAGCCUCCUUUCCAUUGAUUGAAUCAUUGUAUUCACGGAUAGCCAUUGAAAAAGUCGAGUUGAGUUUGUGGCUGAUUAAUUUGGUUUUCAUGGCAUGGACUUCUAGCAGUAACACUAUUGAUGCUGAAGAAGCGAAGGACGGUUUCUAUCCUCAUGGACACCCAAGUUGUAUCACCACUGAAGAAAAACCUGAUCAUGACUUGAAUCAAAGCUGUCUUAAAUACAUGUUGAGAAAAUGAGGAGCGACUGUUCAGACUGAUACAGAUAUAUCAAAACUGAUACUAAUAUCUUCAGUUUUAAGGUGACCUUAUGUUUGUCUACAGCUGUACAAAAUUCAUUUUGAUCUAAAAUAGCCACUUUUAUGUCAAAAAUGUUCACAAAGCAAUUUCCAAGUCUUCAUAUUUUGUAUGGUGGAAUGGUGGAAUGCACAAACAGCAUUUAACCCAUUUUAAAACAAAGCCAGUAUCUGGCCUGGAGCUCUGAUUCUUGCAGGGAAUGAAUGGGAGUGACAGCAGACUGGUUGCCUUUGUAGCACCACAUUCCCUGUUAGCAGCAGCCAGCUGUCUGAACUGAAACCAAGGCUACUUGCAGCUUGACUGCUCUUGAUUGUUAAGCUUGCAGGAGCAUGAGAAGAGGCAAACUCCUCAUCACUCACUCUGUGUUGAUGAUUAUCAAGUGCUGUUGCUAGCACUCUUCUCAGAUGCCCUCCUUUCUCUGCUUGUCAACAGAGAAUCAAGCUGAAGCUUUAUGACGAGGCCUAAAUGAUGCCUCAGUCCAUGAGUUGUCCAUGUCCCUUAGGAAAUGUGACCUUUCAACAAGAUAAUCUCUUUCAGUCACUUGGGGUCAAGGAGAAAGUUUGCUUGUUAGGUGCUCACAGUGCAACAUGAUUAAUGAAUGACUGACCAGGCAAGUUCAGUGACGGUGUUAGUAGCUCCAGAUGUUUCAAGGACAAAACAUUUGCUGUACGGCUGGGAGACAUGGUGACAUAUACAGAUAUCAACUAGAAAAGCACUCAGAGUGCGUAGUACUCCGCCAAGAGCUCAGUCUGUUCAUUCCCCCAUAUAGCAUUGUCAGAAAUGCAGACUUUUUCAUUGUUCGCUUGUUGUUAUAGUUACAGUGACGCCGUGCCACUAUCUCAUACAGAAAUCUUUAACAAAUCCGUGGAUCCAGACUAUAAGCCACAUCACUGCCAAAAGCUAAUCAUUUGGUCCUUGUGUCAUUUCUGACCUUCGAUGAAAAUUUAAUCCAAAUCCGUUUUUAUGAAAUUUUGUGAACAGACAGACGGACAAACCAACGGCCAUCGUUACAUAACUCCACCGAGGCUCUGCCUCCUUGGCAGAGUAAUUAUACCCCUUGAUCACAUGCACUCUGUUAUAUUAAACUGAUGGCAACUAAAUGGGUCGCCGUGGUUGCUAAUCUGUAGAAGUCAUGACAGCAGUCUUACUUUGUUGGACCUAGUAACAUUUCCACAUAACUUUCAACAGCACACACAGCACAAGUGUGAACUGAACUGUCAUAUUAAUGGAACAGUUUAAAGAUUAAUGAUUCCCAGCAAUAAUGAAUGUAGUCUAAGUAUUUUUCUCCACAAAAUGUUAAGAGGAGCUGAAAGUGUGUUUCUUCCAACUGUUUGAAACUAUUGACUGAGUUUAAUGCCUGCAGCAUUAGGAUCCAUACCAGUGUCUCCAAAUAGAGCGAGUUCACACUGAACAACAGAGCCAGCAACUUAUUUCAAUUCUUUCAAUUAUAAAUUACCCCCCAAAGAACAUGGAGAGUAGAUCAGUCUGAGCCAGGACCCAACAGGUCACACUGUAGAACUGCAUGUCUUCACCUCAGACAUGUGAGCUGUCACACACGGAAUGGCAGUUUAGUUUCCAGCUGUUUAGGAUUAUUUCUUCAUAUUUAUUACAAACCUGAAUCAGACAGUGGUAAGAUCCAUGAGUGUCUCUAAAGAGAGAGAGAGAACUGUGCUUUUAUGCACAGAGCAACUGUGACCUAUGACUGAAAGGAGCUUGAGUGACAGAAUGCCAUCACUUUAAUCUUCCAUGUUUGAAAGGGGAUUUAGUCAACUUGUCAGACAGUUCCUCCUCAUACUGUGUAUCAGUAGUGGAAGUAGUAUUCUUUACUUGAGGUAAAGUACAUGUGCAUUGUUGACUAAAUAUGUUAAUCCUCUUAUUGCCUUGGUCAUGUUUUUCCCUCACUGUGUGGCCUUGUUUUUACUGAAAUAUAAAGUCUUGCGCAGCCAUGGCUAAAAGUAAAGAGAAUUCAGAAAUGUCUUAUAAUAUAAAUUUUACAAAAGAAAAAACAAAACUUCAAUUUCUUUGUUGAUAAAUUUUUACUAAAAUAAAAAAAAUGAAAUCAACUUGUGAUGAACACAAUGGCUUUACAUGCUUUAGAUAUAUUACUCCUUAUAUUUUACAUUUCCAUAUUUGUCUCCGCUCCUCUGUGAAAACACAGCCUGCAGUUCAGUAGAAAUAUUGUGAAAUUUUGUCAUGGAACUGUGGGUCACAGCUGAAUCAGUCAUGGAUUUACUGUUGUGCUGAGGAGUUUAGCUUAAUGUGUUUAUUUUUGACAAGAUCUCGUGCAAAUGGUUUAUUUUUGGUACAUAUUUAAAUGUGGCCAGUAAAGUAACAUGCUUUUAAGCUUAGUCUUGGUUCAUUUCCCAACAAAACUGAAAAUCCAGCACGAUUAGUUCAGUGGCCAUCAGAGAGGUGAAAAUCUGUCAAUUCUUUUUGUUUUUAUAGUUUUAGGCUAAUUCAUUUUUGGUGAUUUUCUUGUUCUGUUUUUUGAAGGUAAAAUGCCUUUUUAACCUGCUGGCACAUUUUGGGGUUCAGGGUGUAAAAAUGUAAGUUCUUAAGGGAUAUAUUCAGUUCAAUUCAGUUUUAUUUAUAUAGCACAAACUUCCCACAUAUGACAUCUUAUCACCCUCGGGCUCAGGGUAGGCAGCUAUCUGCCUUCACCAGGCUGAGAGUGGAGAUGAUACGCUAACUGAAUGGAUUAUUUGCAACCCAAAAGUGCCCUAAUGGCCCACUGGUUUAUUAGCAUUUAUUAGCAAGUUUUAUUCAGAAUUAGUGAUGCAGUACAGUAAUCAACAACUCCAGCAGAGAUAAGCGUAGCGCAGUGAAAAUCGAAUAUUUUCCUCUGAAGUAAGGCCAACAGUAGGUGUGAGGUGGUACACUAAAAAUACUCUAGCGUGAAAUUCUACUUUGAACCAUUACCACUGCCAUAGGUAGCUCUCAUUUAUUUCUCAGUAUGUAUAAUGUUGCGAGUCAGUGAGUGGCCUCCUUUUAAGCCUUCGCCGUACACCCUUUUCCCUUUGUUUUUCCCUAAAGUAGCUUUCUGGUACUUAAAAUCUUUGUAUUAUUUGCUGUUAACUGCUUUCCCAUCAGAAAAGCUCUUGUCCUGGGCUGCACUGUGGCUUGGUGGUUAGCGGUUAGCAUGAUCGACUUGCAGCUAGAUGAUACCUGGUUUGUGUCCCGGCCUUCCCAGGAUCUUUCUGCGUGGAGUUUGCAUGUUCUCCCUGUGCAUGCGUGGGUUUUCUCCUCCCAUAGUCCAAAAACAUGCUGAGGUUAUUUGGUGAUUCUAAAUUGUCCGUAGGUGUGAAUGUGAGUUUGAUUGUUUGUCCCUAUAUGUCGCCCUGUGAUAGACUGGUGACCUGUCCAGAGUGUCCUCUGCCUUCACCCUAAGCCAGCUGGGAUAGACUCCAGCUCCCCACAACCCUAAUGAGGAUAAAGUGGUGUAUAGAUGAUGAAUUGAUGGAUGGAAGUUCCUGUCCUGCUUUAGAACUAUGGAACCAGGGUGCCAUUCUGUGAACCAGUCAGCAUUUUCACUAUUUUUAUAGCACAGCCAAUGUGUCACUGUGACUACAGAUUCUUACUGUUUUUUUUAUACAUCAAAUGUAGAUGAAGGAAAACCAAGCCAGAUGGUGGAUCAUACAAGGGUUGAAUAAAUAGUUGACACACUGAACAUGGAGCAUGUCACUGUCACACUGGUACAAACAUCACACUCUGUGCCAGUCAGCAGCCAGGAUGAUCCAACCUUUAUGGAGAGGAUCUUCACUGGAGACCAGAGGUGGGACUUUUCUUAAACAUUUACGUGGUUGUGCACCAUGAACUCAUCCCUUAUGCUUGGACUGUCCAGGCAGAGUUUCACUGUAACAUCCUGCAGGAGAACAUUCAUCACAACCUGAACAACACAAUAUUUGCUCUUCACCUGGCUAACUCAUCAGAUGUGACUUCUUCUUUGUCCCCAGAAUAAUCGAAGGGCCUCGAUUUUGACACAAUUUAGGAGAUUCAGGGUGAAUCCAAGAUGGUGCUGGAUAUGUUUGCAUAUUUGGGACUUCAAGGCUAGCUCAAUGCCCAAUAAUGACGCUUUUCCAUUAGCACCUACUCGGCUCGACUCUACACGGUUUGUGAGGUUUUCCAUUAGGAUGUUGUACCUGGUACCAGGUACUAUUUUAGUACUUACUCGGCCGGGGUUCCAAGCAAGCUGAGUCGAUAAUGUGACGUCUACUGAGUGCAGGUCACUGAUUGGACAGGGAGUGACGACACUACACAGCAUACAUAUUUUAAUAUCUAAUAGCAAUAAAUUGCAACCAGUACAGGGUUGUACACAGGACUGAUAUACGGUAACUGUAACGAACUAGCAUUAGGUUACCCUCAUACGUCCUCUAGUUCGUGUCCUCUUGUCUUCAGCUUGAUACUGCUGUAUCGCCUCCCAAAGUCUCAUGUUCUCCUGAGUGUUUCGAUUCUCCGUCCUAAGCUUUCUCUGACUCUUUUCUUUGAAUCUGUCAAAAAUCCAUAGACCGAGCAGAAGGUUUACCAUCGCCUCCAUGUCCUCCAUUGCUGUGUUGCAUUUGUCGCAAAUGACAUUAAGGGGCUUCCGGGCAGCCGUGCUAUGACGGCUUCACCACGAUGAGGUGGUACUCAAUUGUAAUGGAAAACCACCUAAACCGAGUCCAGCCAAUUAGGUGCUAAUGGAAAAGCGCCUUAAAGUAUUGCAGGAGCACUUAGAGCCCCUUCUAAAUGAUGAUGUCAUGGUCAUUUGUUUCUUUUUAUGGAGGAGACACAGAUUGGCUCAAAUUUAGCUUAAUGAACCACCACAAUGGAAUCGCACUGUGUUGGCAGAAAUGCCCUGGAUUGAAAGUAUCAUAGUGACUUCUAUAUGAUGCCAACACAGAGAACUUGAGGAAGGUUUGGACACACUAAGCAUGUAGGUGUGACACUGCUAGUUCUUAAUUUGCUGGUAGUUUGGCUGAGCAAAGAGAGCACUGUUUGAAUUCAUGCACUAUUUCAGAACAUUGAUUCAAAUGUGUAAAUAUCUAGUAAUGACAUCUUGGGUGUGAAUUCCUGCAAGCUGUUGAGUGAAAGUGAACUGACCAAGCAGCUCUAGGAGCCACCUGCUUUGAAAGAAGAGACCAGUCUGGUUAUAUGCUGCUCAAUGUGAACACAUGGUUCGAUCUCUGCUAUGAGGAAUGCAUUCCUGAUAAAAACUCAGUCCCAUGGACAAACAGAUAGCAAAUGUUCCUCUUGCUCUUUCUUCACAGCAUAAAUGCAGCUUUUCUGUGGGGAUCACAUGACCUUGGUCUCAUUCCUGAAGCAACAGAUUUACUAAUGAACUGUGUUUGUCCUGCUUUCUGUGGGCAGUAUUUUGUUUUUUAGCAGCUAUAUUUCUGUGUGAGUAGCUGCUAUUUUCAAUGAAUGUUAUUUUCAUUCUCUCUGAUGAAGUGUAGAUUACAGUCGGUUUUCUUUCAUGCGAUAGAGAUGAAUAGUGAGAUUGUACAUGUUUAGCAGGUUGCUGUCAUUCCUGUAGAUACUAAUGGUUUUUAUCACAGCUCUCCUUAUAGUUGUUGAUUUUAAGAACUUUCCAGAUUUGUGUUGAGACCAAUUUCAUCUUGUCUGUUGAGUGUAAUUUUGUCUGUGUUGUCUCACCUGUGCCUUUAAUGUUGCUUCAGACAACAUUCAAAAGACAUGUGCAUGAGAUUGCUACAUGAUGCCAUUGUGAUUACUGCAAAUUUAUUUUAACAGCAGAACAAAUGACAAAAAACUACUGGUAUUUUUUACCAAUCCCUCAAAACAAUCAUUAGGUUUACAGGAUGUUAAUCUUUACCAGUGGGUGUAUUUCACUCCCACCCUGGAUGGAUGUGUUCAAGCAUAAUUCCAGAACCAAAGAUAUGCUGAAAAUAUAAUGGACCCUGCUGUUUGAAACUUUCUGGAGGGGCUAAUGAUGUAAAGCCAUUUCUCUAAAGUCACCUCUUUCAGGAGCUUUUUUCUGUGAUUUUAAUCAUUAUUCACAGUUGUGGGUUUGGAGUAUUUUUAGACUACAAUAACUGAUGACUGAUUAAACUUCUAUUUUAGCUACAAAGCAGUGUGCUUUUAAUUGAAAGACAAAACAGCAGCUAUUUACAACUAUUUACACAGACUUGAGAAGUCUUUGUGGUCCUCAUCAGUGCUCUUCAUCAGAAAUUCCAAAUGUCCCCUCCUACAGUAGCUGUGUUUACAAGGCUCUUGAGACAUAAUGGGUACACAAUUUGGGAUUUUUCCAGAGCUACAAUAUCGUUCAAAAGUUUGGCCGUUCAGGCAAUUUCAUAUUUUGCAUGAAAACUCCCACUUUCAUUCGUGUGCUAACACAAGGGUUUUCUAAUCAUCAGUGAGCCUUUCAACACCAUUAGCUAACACAAUGUAGCAUUAGAACACAGGAGUGAUGGUUGCUGGAAAUGUUCCUCUGUACCCCUAUGGAGAUAUAGCAUCAAAAAUUUCCAGCUACAAUAAUCAUUUACCACAUUAACAAUGUCUAGACUGUAUUUCUAAUUCAUAUAAUAUUAUCUUCAUUGAAAAAAUGCCUUUCUUUCAAAAAUAAGGACAAUUCUAAGCGACCCCAAACUUUUGAACGGUAGUGUAGGUGAACAUAAACUGCCAUUUUCUAUCAUACUUUUAUUGCUAUUGUUUAUAGAGUGAAAUGACCCAUUUUGUUCUUACAUACUGUGACACAUAAAUAUGUUAUACUGGUCUGCAAGUGCUCCACAUUCUGCUGGAUUUCCUGUGAAUUGAAAUCAUGUCAGUGUAGUGUUUUUACCCCUAAAUGUCCAGGAUCAGUCCCAGCCAGGAUCUGCACCACUUUACACAUUUCCUUUAUGUAGCAACAAAACAUUGACAGUUGAGUGAUGUGCUUCACCCAAGAUCAGUCUUUUAGCGUCAACACUCCCCUUUAAGGUUGUAGCUUCCUCUGCCAGGGAAUGGCUGUGGUUAUCUUGAAAUCUGUCCUUUGUGAUGGAUUUUACCGGCUUUAAAGUUUGCAGUCGAAAAGAAAAAAAAAACUACUGGAGAAACAGCAUAGCCGCUCAUUCAGCAGAGCCAUAACUUGGGCCAAAGCAGGCUGACAGACGAGCCUUGAUACCAUUGACAUUCAUCCUCUGAGAGCACAGUACAUCCCUUUAAUCACCUGGAAGGUUCAUGGAGGAGUGUUGAAUUCUUCCAGAUGAGAUCUUGAGUGGAGCAUCUUCCACUGUUUCGUAGUUUUACUUGUCAAACCCAACAUGUCAUUUCUUCCUGGAGUGGAGCUUUGGUUUUCUGUUUAUUUAAUGUAUUACAUUUCUACACAUGAAAAAUGUGUUGUUGAUGUCACCUUGUGUUUAAGUAAAUGCUGGAACAGCUUUACUUUUCUAAAAAAUAAAAAAAUGAGAUUUUAA